CAGGGGCGGGUGCGGGGUGCGGGGCCGGCACGUAGGGCGCGCGGGACGGGCGGACUCGCGCCUGAGCCCCGCCCCUUGGUCCCUCGCCUGGGCCAAGCCCGCCGGGUCUGCGGAGGCGCGUGGGGCCCGGCGGCGAGAGGUGGCGCGCGGUGGUUACUCUGGUUACUGCGGCCGCGCCGCCCACGAGGGAUGCUAGUGAGGAGGCCGUCGGGAGCCGCCGCAGCCGUCUGAGGGAGGCUCCCUGGAAACUGCCUUUCACCGGUGAGGAAGCGUAGUCGCGGCUGGCAGUUUCGGGGGCCGGCAAAGGGGGAGGCCGCUAAAUCUUGAGGUUGAGGCUACGCUGCCCUGGAGCCGCACUCGAGUCCGAGGCCAUCUUUUGUUGGAGAAGGCGGCGGCACAGGCGUUUUCCCGAGGGUGAGAUGUGCAGCAUCGCCAUAGGCGGAAAAAGAAGCCUCUGAGCCCGCGUCGGCCCGCAGCCUUGGUGCCUUCCGGCCACUGCUCGCCACCGCUGUCUACAGAGACGAGGCCGCGUUUCCCCCAGUGCCAGGGUGUUUCUGUGACCCUCCCUCCACCUCCAUUCCCAUCUGAAAGGGCACCUGCUGCUGGUGAGAAAAGAAAUAAAUUACAACACGAAGAGCCAGCAUCAGAAUAUCCCACCCCCAGCAACAGCCCCGGGAACCCCACCAAAAAAGAAAAAAGGGGAUUCUGGAUUUCCUGGGCGCGGAGGAGCGAGUCUGCUCGGGAGCUGUUACAGCAGGCAAAUUUUAAGUAUUGCUUUCUACGUCCUAUACAACUUGGAUUCACAUACUUUUACACUAACUUUAUAUGAUUUUUAAAAACUGGUCUGAUCGGACUUCUCGUCCUGGGAUACUGUUUACUGGAGUCUGGCCGGCUCCCUGUGCUCCUCUUGAUACCGCAUAUUGGGGAGAACCUUAAACCCACCCGAGAAGAGAAUCUCCGCCUUGACUGGUGCCACCAAAGAAGCCUUGGAACCAUGUGGACUUUUCUGGGCAUUGCCACUUUCACCUAUUUUUAUAAGAAAUGCGGAGACGUCAUCACUUUAGCCAACAGGGAGCUCCUGUUGUGCAUGCUGGUGUUCCUCUCGCUGGGCCUGGUGCUCUCCUACCGUUGUCGCCACCGAAACGGGGGCGUCCUCGGGCGCCAGCAGAGCGGCUCUCAGUUCGCCCCCUUCUCGGAUAUUCUCUCUGCCUUGCCUUUCAUUGGCUUCUUCUGGGCCAAGUCCCCCACUGGAUCAGAAAAUAAGGAACAGCUCGAGGCCAGGAGGCGCAGAAAAGGAACCAGUAUUUCAGAAACAACCAUAAUAGGAGCAGCUGCCUCUACAUCAACAUCUUCUCAAAAUGAUCCGGAAGUUAUCAUCGUGGGCGCUGGCAUACUUGGCUCUGCUUUGGCAGCAGUGCUUUCCAGAGAUGGAAGAAAGGUGACAGUAAUUGAAAGAGACUUAAAAGAGCCUGACAGAAUAGUUGGAGAAUUCCUGCAGCCGGGUGGUUAUCAAGUUCUUAAAGACCUUGGUCUUGGAGAUACAGUAGAAGGUCUUGAUGCCCAGGUUGUAAAUGGCUACAUGAUUCAUGAUCAGGAAAGCAAAUCAGAGGUUCAGAUUCCUUUCCCCCUGUCAGAAAACAAUCAAGUGCAGAGUGGAAGAGCUUUCCAUCAUGGAAGAUUCAUCAUGAGUCUCCGGAAAGCAGCUAUGGCAGAGCCCAAUGCAAAGUUUAUUGAAGGUGUUGUGUUACAGUUAUUAGAGGAAGAUGAUGCUGUAAUGGGAGUUCAGUACAAGGAUAAAGAGACUGGAGAUACCAAGGAACUCCAUGCUCCAUUGACUGUUGUUGCAGAUGGGCUUUUCUCCAAGUUCAGGAAAAGCCUGAUCUCCAAUAAAGUUUCUGUAUCGUCUCAUUUUGUUGGCUUUCUUAUGAAGAAUGCACCACAGUUUAAAGCAAAUCAUGCUGAACUUAUUUUAGCUAACCCAAGUCCAGUUCUCAUCUACCAGAUUUCAUCCAGUGAAACUCGAGUACUUGUUGACGUUAGAGGAGAAAUGCCAAGGAAUUUAAGAGAAUACAUGUUUGAAAAUAUUUACCCACAAGUACCUGAUCACCUGAAAAAACCAUUUUUAGAAGCCACUGAGAGUUCUCAUCUGAGGUCCAUGCCAGCAAGCUUCCUUCCUCCUUCACCAGUGAACAAACAAGGUGUUCUUCUUUUGGGAGAUGCAUAUAAUAUGAGGCAUCCACUUACUGGUGGAGGAAUGACUGUUGCAUUUAAAGAUAUAAAACUGUGGAGGAAACUGCUAAAGGGUAUCCCUGACCUUUAUGAUGAUGCAGCUAUUUUCGAGGCCAAAAAAUCAUUUUACUGGGCAAGAAAAACAUCUCAUUCCUUUGUCGUAAAUAUCCUUGCUCAGGCUCUUUAUGAAUUAUUUUCUGCCACAGAUGAUUCCCUGCAUCAACUAAGAAGAGCCUGUUUUCUUUAUUUCAAACUUGGUGGCGAAUGUGUUGCGGGUCCUGUUGGGCUGCUUUCUGUAUUGUCUCCUAACCCUCUAGUUUUAAUUGGACACUUCUUUGCUGUUGCAGUGUAUGCCAUAUAUUUUUGCUUUAAGUCGGAACCUUGGAUUACAAAACCUCGAGCCUUUCUCAGUAGUGGUGCUGUAUUGUACAAAGCUUGUUCUGUAAUAUUUCCUCUCAUUUACUCAGAAAUGAAGUAUUAUGGUUCAUUAAGCUUAAAGGGGAACCGUUUGUGAAUGAAUAUUUGGAACUUACCAAGUCCUAAGAGACUUUUGGAAGAGGAUGUAUAUAGCAUAGUUCCAUACACUUUUAAAGUGGGAACUCUUGGACCAAGAUUGGGAUUGAUUUGUUUUUGAAGUUUUUUGUAUAUAAAUAUGUAAAGACAUGCUUUAAUUUGCAAUUUAAAAUGAAGGGUAAAAUAAGUUAGAUGUGGAAAAGAAAUGAUUGUUACCAUAAAUUCGUGCUAAUACUGAGGAACUACAGUUUUUCUUUUGAAUUUAGUAUCUGAGAUGAGUUGUUGGGAAAUGCAAAUAAAAUGAAGGAUGGA